AUAGUAUCGAUAAAAAGUUGGCAGCAUUUUCUUUCUUUUUUUCUCAAUAAAAAAAUGUAAAUUGUUCAGCCCCAGCAAGUGAAAUUGAAUAGAAAAGCAAUAUAUACGUGUGAUUCGCACCUGAACUGUGCUGGCAUUCUGCUGCUGGAUGUCCAGGCUAUGCCGCCUUUGCCGCCCAGCCCUCUCGACCUUGCGCGAAGCCCCGCGAUGGCCUCCCUACAUUCCAGUUGGCGUUUUGGCAAGCGAAGCAAAUUUCAAUUACGCAUCAAAGUUUCUCAGGAUCCAGAGGACUGCUACCGCCAGGAUCCAACGCGAUCAGCCGCGGAGAAUGCCUUCGAUAUAUACUCGAUGCUCUGCUUGGAGGAGACGCGGGAUACAAAGCGCCUCUUCCUGCUCAACGCCCUGGCCUCGCUCUGCCUGGGGGCCCGGAAGGGGUCGCAUCAUAGCAACAUACGCUUCAGCACUGAGGAACUGCUUUACUGUCUCAGUGCCUCACUGGUGCACACCUUUACCCAGGUGCGCGCAGCGGCUCUGAGGACCAUCCGCUACGCCAUCAACACGUCCAACGACAUCAAGGUGUUUAACGCCCUGCAGCUGCAGCAUUUGGUAUGUCGCUCCAUCGAUCUGAUGCUGAAGAACGACGAUGAGCGCGUCCAGGCGCUAAAGCUGGUGCGCAAGAUGCUGGCCAUUGCUCCGGAAGAUAUCAGUCCGGUGGUGGUGCGCUGCCUCGUCUCGCUGGCCGACAGUGGCAUCGAUGAGAAUGACAAUCUUCUGCGCGCCUGCCUGGCCACGCUCGCAGAGUUUGCCGUGCUCAAUCCGGCGCUUCUGAUCGUAUGCGGCGGCGUUACAUCCAUCACACGGAACGUCCUCGAAUGCCACAAUCCCCGGAUAGCCGAGAGCCUGUGUGGUGUGCUGCUCUACCUGCUCGAGUGGCCGCAGACGCGGAAUAUUUGCGGAGUGCGGCUCGACUGUCUGGCGGCUCCAUACUGCGACUUCACCUACCGGCUUGGUAUCAUGGAUAAAAACAAAGAUGCGCGCGAACUUCGCUAUACAAGCUGUCGCCUGGCCCUGCUCUCCGUGCUGCGCAGCUGGACAGGCACCCUAGAAUUCUGUGAUCCCAGCAAACCCUCAGGUCUCAAGGCAAUAGUCGAUGCCCUAUAUUUAAAUCAAAUCGAAGUCAGAAAAGCAAUAUUGGAUUUGCUGUACGAGCUGCUCUCGCUGCCGCAGCCCACCUGGACGGAUGACUAUGCGGUGGCCCUGCAGGCUGUGGACCCCUCGGACUUCCAGGCCACGUGGCUGCUGAGCAACGGCUUUGUAUCCGCCGAAGGUCGCUCCAUUUUGCCAACGCUGGCGGCCAGAGCGCCGAAUGUGGUGGACCAGCACCUGGCACUGAUGCUUUACUGUUUCCUGGAAACGGGACUGCUCAACGCACUCGUUGAGGUUGCCGUGGGCAGCGACCAGUUCGUCUCGGUGCAGGCCACGGUGCUGAUUGGCAAGAUACUGCAGCUGAUGCACACACACCUGCCGCCGGACAUCUGCUGUACGAGUCCGGCACUGCCCACACUAGUGGGGCAUGCCACCCAGGGCAACCAGCAGGCCAAUGCGGCGGUGGCUGCCUUACAGAACUACCAAAAAAUGCUGCGCCAGCGGCCAGCAUCGUGCAGCUUGUUCCUAGACAGCAUUAUACAGGGCGGUGCCCUUAUCCAGACGCGUCUGUUCCGGCGACAUCUCAACGUUCAGGAGCAAGCGGGUCCGGUGCUGCAACUGCAGGAUACGGCAGAGGCGGCCGCAUCUGUUGUCCCACCCGUGGCCGUCGGUCAAUUCCGUGCCACGCUCGAUCGUUCCCGGCUGGACUCGGUCUCCUCCAGCGACGAGUCCAACUCGCAGGCCUCCACCUCAUCGAGAUCCAGUUUCCGGUUGAAGCGAAAGUUCCUGCCACAAGCCUUCUUCGACAACUUCCGGGCCUUUAAUCGUCUGUUAACCGAUUCGCGGGUACUGAGUCAGGCAGAUGCACACCUCUGGGACUGGGACGUAAUCACCACAAUACUAAAGUCGAAUUUAAUCCGCAAGCUGGACUACACGCUGGGUAAAUUCCUAAAGCGACUGGUCGACUUCUACAAGCCACGCAACAAUCGGUUCUCGCACCAGGACCUGGUGCCGGGACAGAGCUUGCCAACGUAUGUGAGUGCCGGGCUAGACUUGAUCGAUGUCCUACUAAGCAGCAGCGAGCUGGAGUGUAUGCGCUACAUAACUGACUAUUUCUCGGACAUUAGUCAGCAGCUGGCGGCCGUUACCACAUCGAACCGUGCCCAUGACUGCCUCUUUAGUCCGCAGCACAUGAACAACACGAUGUGUCAGCAGUACUUCCUAUAUAUCGGACGCAUGUGCCGCACUACCAAGGGCAUUGAAGUGCUCAAAAACACAACGGUUUUUGAAUACCUUAUCAACUUGGUUCGUGUGACGGAUCAUGUGUGUUACGUAAAACUGAUUGUGUCCGGACUGAACUAUAGCUACGAGAAGCUGCCGCGACAGGUGCUGGAGAAGGCACUGACGUCGGCCAAGACGCGCUAUGGCCGCCUGUAUGCCACCCAGUUUAUGGCAGUGCUUCUACGUGCCCGCCUGCCGCACUUUGAGGUCUGGGGCAUACCCCUCAUCAUCCAUCAGACACGCGACUCGGACCGUAGCGUAGUCCUGGCCGCCAUGGAGGUGCUGGAGGAGGCCUGCCACGACAAGUAUUACCUCGAAGAGAUUGUCAGCCGCUGGCCCAAUCUCACGCAGCGCGGCGAUGCCGGACGCCUGUUGAUGGCCCGCUACUACUCACUGCCCCGCGGCCUGAACAGUACGAUGGCGCGGAUCGAGGAAGAGAUACGCUAUUGGCGCAAUGGCUACAACAAGCGUUAUGUGCUCCUCGUCGAGGCGGACACCCAUGCCAGCUUGACCCUGCACAUCCGCAACGAGGACGGCUAUUAUUCGCGGCGCAAUUGCAACCAGCGACCACAGACGGUACCGCCAAACAUUGCGCCGCAUCUCUAUGGCCAGAUGGCGCAGACCGGCCAGGGAAUGUCCGCCCUGAGGAAGCACGGUGAUCUGCCCCAGUUGCUGGAGGUGCUCACCCGCGCCAAAUGCACCGACGAUGCCGAAUGCCUGGAUUUGAAGGCGGCCAUUUGGGCCCUGGCUCAUGCCUCAACCCAUGCCAACGGAAUUGAAUACUUUUUGGAGCUGAAUUCCAGGCUUUAUGAAAAGCUCAUUGUGCUGGUGACCAAGUGUGAGGUUUACUCGGUGCGGGCCACCUGUUUCAGCGCCUUGGGACUCAUUGCCGGCACCCAGGCGGGUGCCAAUAUCCUCUUCAAAUUGAACUGGCUGUGCGUUCGACACGACAGAAACACCAUGUGGCCAGUGCACCAGCCGGAGGACUGGAUUUCCAAUCAGUAUACGCCAGUGCGCCACUACUACGAGGACGUGCUGCCGGCCUACAAUCUGACGAUGCUGGAGGAUCAGAUCGAUGGAUUCUACUUGACGGGCUCCGACUAUUGGAACUCCAUUGCCGAGCAAAUAGAGUCGGGUGGCGCUGGCGGCGUUACGGUAUCUGGGAGUAGAACGAUGGGUCCCACGGGGCAUGACCCAAACAGCACCACGACCACGGACAGUGUUCGCACAACGUUGGAUGAAGUGCAUCCCAGCAGAAUGCUACCCAUCAGUGGAGUGGCAGCCAAGUCAAAGACCCUGCCCGAGGGUAGCAACCUGCGCCCAACGUCCAAGCACCAACGCUCUCUCUCCGAGUCGAAGACCACGGAUGUGAUUAGCUUGCUGGGAGGAGCCACGACGACACCAGGAGCAGGAACGGGAACGGGAUCGGGUCUUUAUCCCACUCCAUAUCAGCACCGCAUCCGGUACAACUCUUGCACGGAUUCAAAUACGUCGGGCGUAAGCAGCUGUGAGUCUGUGACCGGACGCACUGCAGCAGCCGCCGCCGCAGCAGCGGCCAACAUGAGCGAGUACCAACAGUUUCCUUUAAGCCCGAUUCCCAGCAUGUCCAACCUGCUGGAGAGCGACGAACUGCUUCGUCGACACCAGUUGGCCACCAGCCUGCAGCCCUCCGCUGCCCUCAGUCCCAUGGCGAUGAAGGGCUAUGCCCAGCUGCGUUCCCUGCGUGCACACAGCCGACCGGUCUUCUCGGAGUCUGCGGCGGAAUUCUGCAAGAUCGCCGAUGUGCCCGAGGUGCAGAUGCGCAAGCACGACUGGACCCAUCCCCAUCGGCGGCUGAAAGUGCGAAGCCUGGACCGCCAGCCCAUGCUCAACGAGGUGUACAGGCGCCUCUCCGCGGACGAGCUGAACGUUCUCCUGCCCACGCAAAAUGCUCCCAAGUUCCUGCCGCAGAACGAUCUGCAGGGGCCCUGCUACUCGGGCAUCUGCCUGCCCAAGAACGUGCUGGAUCUCUUUCCCACGCGCAACCUUAGCCGAACGUACGUGUCGCGCGACAUCCAGGACCAGGAUCUGGUGGGCAUCAAUCUGCUCAAUAGCAUUGGACGCCACCAAUUCCUCAACGAUUCACUGACCAACGAGGGCGGUGACGAGUCCUCGGUGAUAUCCUCGCUGUCGGACGUCUCGUCGGCAACCAAACACCAGUGGCAGCAGAGUGCCAAGCAUGCGAGGAGCCAGUGCCUCCAUUGUGCUCGCUAUCCCCGACAGCAGCGGCAUCCCGAUCAGAACAAUGGCAGUGCUGGCGGAGGGGGUGCAUCCCUUGCCCCUUGCGAGCUGUACAACAACAACAACAACAACAGUACGGCGAUGAAAAGGGAUGGCUCCUCUGUUCCCGUUCCAGGAGCUGCUGGGCUGGCCACAACGCUGGGUGCGGACAUUAGCUUCCAUUCGCCGGAGAGCAUGCUAAGCGAAGACAACGCCCUGGACAGACUGACCGCCUCCAUUCUGUACAACGUGCAGCGCCUGGCGAAUCCCGUGAGUGCCAAGCAGUCGAAAAUGGCGCUGCUGGAGCUCAAGCAGAAGCAUCCGCAUGCCUUUCAGGACAUAUGCCUUUACUCCGAGUCCUGCAAGACACUGGGCAGGAGCAGCUACCGCAUGAGUGCCCGUCGCUUUCUGCAGGAGCUCUUCCUGGACCUGAACUUUGACUCGUUUUACGUGGAGCCGCAGCUUAUAAUCGGAGCGCGAAAGAUGAAUGUGGAGGAUAAGGCGGAGGCCGUCGCCCCCGUACCUCCAGCGCCAACGCCCGCCAUGUACAAGGCGAUGAGCCAGAAACCCAAGCCGGCGGCCCAACUGGCCAGCGUGUACGAGACCAGCUGGGAGAACCUGCUCAUGGACCAGUCACCCAGGUUAUUCAAGCCCUCGCCGCCUGCCCAACCGAAAGUAAUACCCGAGCGCCAACGGCUACACAUCGACGACACGGAAAGUUCAAUGUCCGCCACAGACGACGAUCACGACGGCCACGAAGAUCCCGGCGAGGAUGUGUGCGAUGGCAAAGGUGCAGACGAAACAGAUGUGCCUGCGGCGGCGACGGUGGAACCUGGGGUAGUUGCAGCAGUACCAGGAUCAAGUGCAUCGGAUUCCAGGCUGUGGAACGAGGAUCGAAACGCUUCCGGGCGCUUCUAUCCGGUGCAAUUUGAUUUGAGCUGCACGCGGAACAAGUUUCCAGUCACGGAGCGCCGGCAGGCGGCUGCACCCAUGACAUUCCUCAAGCGCCACUCGAGCGCCGAUGCAGAUCCUCAGGCGGCAGUGUCGGCGUCCACCAAGAGCCUGGCAGCACCAAUGGCCAAGCCAGUGGGUAGUCUCUAUUGUGAGAAGCGUUUGCAGACGGCCAAAUCGGAGGCGGUGCUGGGGUCAAAUUCGGGGGCAGGACGCGAGGGGGUAGGAGAAGCAGCUGCAGCAAUAGCGGGCAGCCCAGCAACCUCUCCCAAUCACGAUGACGUGCUGCCUUACCUUGUAAUAUAUAAAAAUGUUGUAAUAAAAUCAAAGAAACCAUAGCUGUCUAGUUUUAGGCACACACACACACACACCCUAUCCAUAAGUUACCUAAGUUAUUCUCGCUUAGUUCGUUGUAACCAAAUUACUUUUACGAUCAAUCAAUCACCUCACCCCCUAGCUGUAGUCGCAUACUUUUAAUAAGAUUCACAACCCCAAAUAGGCAAAGAUCAGCAGCAAACAACUACACAAUAUGUACAAUAUGUUGGAUACCUAAAGGCAAACAAAAACCACAAACCACCGCAAGUUAAUUAAUCAAAUUGUACUUAAAGCGACAAAAGGAACCCUAAAGACCUUCAAAGCAACAAAGAAAUUAUCACAAAAUGUGGCUGACAAGCAACAAAUACAAAGUGAAACCCAAAAUUAAUUCAAUAAAUUCGCAAAAAAUGUA